CUAUUUUCAUUUAGUUGAAUCGAGAAUUGAGUGUAAAAAUCGGCCCGAGAAUCAGAAUUGAACCGAGAAUAGAAAUGGAAUCAAUCCGAUAGCUUAUGAAUCGAAAUCGAAUCGAUCUGGAACAUCUGAAUCGAUAUCCAGCCCUAAUUGAAUUUGAGUUGAGGUAGAAUUGACCAUAAUAAAACAAAUCUUACUGGUAAAAUACUCAUUAGAUGAACUUAAAAACAAGGAGUUGUUAAGACAAAGCUUUGAAUAUUGUAUGAAGAGCCUUGUUUAAAGCUUUGCAAAGUCAUAGUUUGAGGGUUUUAUAGGUCUUACAGACUAAUAAAAUAGAUGUUUCAAAUGACACACAAAACUUUGUGCUUGUGUAUCUAAAUAAUGAAAAGAUUUCUUAAACCAGGCUGCAAUUCUCUGUUGAAUUUAGUUUAAGUUUAAUUUAGUUAAGUUCAAUUCCAGCAACCUUUGUGAUGUGAUCAGUUCAACUCAAUUUUACACUCAUUAACUCAGAGGUUAUAAAGGGUGUGUGGUGAAAUCCCAGCUUAUUUCUACUAUUAUAAGGCAGCUUAUUUCAGCGAUGUAUACAUUUUGUGGUGAGCAAACUGAUAAAUAGAAAAAAAAAUUAUCUUGUUUUACACUCUAAGAACACGUGUGUUAAAAACAACACAAUCAGUCAACACUAAAUUAGACACAUCUCUGUGUUAUUAUUGGAACAAAGUACAAGGUUUAUAUAAGAAUGAGGAAACAAUCAUGUUUGAGGCUCGCGGUAUGUCAUUACUAUGUACAGAAAUCUUAUUAUCCAUCUAUGCCCAUACAGUUUUUAUUCUAUGGCACCUUUAAUAAACAGCACAAACAAGCAUUUACUGAUUGUACCUUGAUUUGGUACAUGACCCAAUAGGUUUUACUUUAUCUGCCGUCAUUACAAGUAUGAUGUAAAGGAACAAAGAUUGUCAGAGUUUCCUGGGUGGUUUACAGACGUUGAUUAGAGCGUUUAUGGGAAUUGAAAAUCAGUGAAUGAGGUUCAGAGUUCAGCUUUGUUCUGUAGGGACACUGUUCGGUCUAUUUCUACACAUUCAUGCACUAUAAAUAAAAUCAUUUUCAUCUCGAGUACCAAACUUUGAUCAUUUGACAGUUGCCCUGAUAAUGUCUCAGUUUAAUUUAUGAGCAAUAAGAUAUGACUUCUUAAUGAGUGGAAAUUAUUAAAGUAUCUCAAGCAAAUAAAAAACAAUCCUUUUAAAAUAACCAUGGUUUUGCUACACUAACCAUAGUUUAAUCAUGGUUUUGCAAAUAGUAAAAAACCCAUCAAGAAACAUUGUUGUGACACUUCUACUAUAAUAAAACCAUGGUAAACUUGCUCUGUUCAGGAUCCUCUUUACCUAGUUUACAAAUUUAACAACCCAAACUUUAUGACAGACAUUAGCUAUUUAAAGUAAAAUUCAAUAAAGAUAAAGUAUGACGACAGAUGGGCGUGUGUAUGUCUGAUCAUCUAUCAGUAUUUAUAAGCCUUAUUGUCUCAGUUAAGUACAACUGAGUGGAGGCAACUAAGAACUAAAAUUAAAAUCUGAAUAUUUCAUAACUGAAAGGUUAUAUCAUGUGUACAGGAAAGUGUUCCACGUGUAUUGGCAUCAGUCUCUAUCCUCUUGCACUGGUGUCUAUUAUCUGUAACAUUAUUCUGUUCUUCCCUGGUUGGGAAACCAUUUAUGCUAAAGAGGAUGCAGAUGGAAAGUACCGUCUUACAGAUGAAGUCAAAUACAUGGGAGGUCUAAUUGGAGGUGGCAUCUUGGUGUUGAUCCCUGCUAUUCACAUCCAUAGCACUGGGAGAAAAGGCUGUUGUGGGAACCGGUGUGGGAUGUUCCUGUCCAUUAUAUUUUCUGUAAUUGGAGUGGUGGGAGCCCUGUACAGUAUUGUUGUAGCUGCUGUUGGGCUGCUUAAUGGACCGGUUUGCAUGAAUCCUUCAGGCAUCUGGGAGAGACCAUUCAAAAACCAAACUGAAAGUUACCUGUCAAACUCUGAAAUGUGGGAGUUAUGCACAGAGCCAAAAGAUGUAGUGGUGUUUAACAUUGGCCUGUUUGGUGCACUGCUGGGAGCUGGCUGUAUAGAACUGCUGCUAUGUUUAUUCCAGGCGGUCAAUGGCCUCUUCGGAUGCAUCUGUGGUACAUGCAAUAAUAAAGAGGUGUCAUAAAGACCAUCUGACUUCAGACCAGUUAGGAGUAAAUAAAAGAUAUAGAUAACUACACUUCAGCACUUUUUGUUUCCUAAUUACUCAUCAGUGACCAUCAACGGAUGUUGAAUUAUUUGCAAGUGUCAUACAAAACAACACUGGCAUGAUAUGCUCUCUAAUGCAUUCUAUGUGAAUAAAAUGAUUUUAUUUUAUUAUUUUGAAAUAUUAAAAAGCGGAUAUAAUUAUAUAUUGAUAAAUUGGUGAAUUAUAUGUUAAUACUGAUGUAUUUAUGGAUGUAUUUAUGCAUUUACAGUACUGUGCAAAAGUCUUACAGUUAGAUUUGUUGUUUUUGCAAUGUUAUAGUGAUCAAAUAUUAUUGUUUCUCAGUCUUUUAAUAGAAUACAUCCAGAGAAUACAGGAAAUGUGUUUAAAGUAUUACAAACUGUAUAAAAAUGUAAACUGAUGUGUCAAGUUUUUAGGGUAAACUCCCCUUCCACUUGAGCAAUAGCAGGAAACUGCAGGAUCUCUUAUUAGAUAAGAAAAAUCCUAAUUUCUAAUUUUAAAGAAAUUACUUUUUUACUUCAUUCUGCUCAAAAACGCCAAGUGAGGUCACACUAAACACUGACGAUGCCUAAAGAAGACAUUUCUGAUUAUUUAAAUUGUUUUUUUUUUUACAUAUUUCUUGUCUUUUCUGUUCGUAUCUUAGCAAAAUAGAUUGAAAAAUAACUAUGAAUGGACAUUAAAACUUCUAAAGCAACAAGUCUUGUAGUGGUGGCCAAAUACUUUUGCACCAUACUGUAUGUAUGUGGAUUAACAUUUGCUUACCACAGGUUUGUUGAAUGCUGUAUUCUGAUUGGCUGAGAAAUGUUCCGUGGGUAUGCAUUAUUUUCUGAUAACCGCACACCUAACUUGUCAAAUGUCUUAAAAAUAGGCACCAGAGCAAUGUUUGUGGUAAUCGUGGUAUAAGAGGAAUAAUUGACUCCACUCCUUUGAAUUAUUUGUUUAUUUUUCUUCCAGUUAGCGCUGUGACGUUGGCGAAAAAGGGGUAUAUAGAUACACCAUUAAUCGAUUUUCUGUAAUAAAAACAUUUUGUAAAUAUAGUA